AUUCUACCUUUCACUGUCCGUUUUCUAAGGCUAUCAGAAUCACAUUCUCUAUCUGAAGCUAUUUUGAUUGCUUAUUUUGCUAAUUGCUCUAUUGAUACUGGUUCAUUUCAUUGAUAAAGUCUAUAAACUCCUUGGAGGAGGGAAAAAAAAGAAAGUGGUGACGUUGGAAGGGAACACAGAAUCAAGGGCAGAGGCAAAGAUGUUGGGGAUCUUCAAGGAGAAAUUGGUAAAUCCACCCCAAGAGCUGAAUAGUCCAGCUUCUUUGAAUUCAUCUAAAAAGUCUAUGCCUCCAAAUGAAAUCCUUCAGGAAUUUCUAUCCUACAAUCCCUCUAAUGCUUUCUCCUUGAACUUUGGAAAUGAUGCUUUAUUAGCUUAUUCCCCUUCAAACAAGCCCUCCAUAAUGCAUAACGGGUUUUGUGUUUUGGAUGACAUAUAUUGCACUUUCUUGGGGAGCCUAAACAACCUAAGUAAACUCAUCAAGCAGUAUGGUCUAUCAAAGGGAACCAAUGAGGCCAUGUUUAUCAUUGAAGCUUAUAGGACACUUCGUGAUAGGGGUCCUUACCCUGCUGAUCAGGUUCUUAAAGAACUUGAAGGCACUUUUGGAUUUGUGAUCUAUGACAACAAGGAUGGAACAGUUUUUAUUGCAUUAGGUUCUAAUGGACAGAUUGGACUUUUCUGGGGUAUUGCAGCUGAUGGUUCUGUAGUUAUUUCUGAAAACUUGGAGCUUAUAAAAACAAGUUGUGCUAAAUCAUUUGCACCAUUUCCCACUGGGUGUAUGUUUCAUAGUGAACACGGUCUUAUGAGCUACGAGCAUCCUACAAAGAAGAUGAAGGCAAUGCAUAGAGUUGAUAGCGAGGGGAUUAUGUGUGGGGCCAACUUUCUUGUCGACAACCAAUCAAAGAAGUCAGUGAUGCCACGUGUUGGAAGUGAAGCCAAUUGGGCUGCUUGGGGCUCGCAAGCCUGAUUCGUUUAACUAUGAUCCAAGACGUGGCCCAAAAAAAAGAAAGAUAUAUAAACAACUUUUUUAUUUUAUUUUAUUUUUAAUGCUGUUAGCAACAUAAUAUAAUGGGAGCUGACUCCUCUGUUAUCAGCUCUUUUAGGAAGUUUUCUUUUUCUUUUACCUUGUUUGGUUCCAUUGAGAUGUGUAUACAACAUAUUCAUGACUGUAAGUUGAAAAUGACUUUGGUUAUUUGCUACAUAAAUUAUAGUAAGUUUAGUUUAAUUUUGUAUCAUUAAUGUUAUUCUUGUGUCCUUCUCAUGUCGUAACGAAACUGGCAAGGAGAAAAUCAUUCACAUAAUGUGGAUUAUAGAUUUAUAGAAUAAGUCGGGUUUGAUG